AAUGAUGAAAAGGAAAUUGUUGGGGUGAUCCAGGGAGGAGUAAUUUGGAACACAUACUUUGAAUCCAUCUUGCCCGAAGGAACCAAGAACAUCACUGUUAUUCUUGAGAAUCAGUGCAACCAGACCUUCACCUAUAAUGUUGGUGGUGAGACUGGAGAAUUCCAAGGGUUAGAAGACUUGCAUGACCCCAAGUACGACUACCUUGAGUUGGGCAGCAACAUCAACGAUGUCAUUGGAAUUGAUCGAGAUCAGUUCACUGUGACUCGCGGAAACUGUGAUUACAGCAUUCGUGUCUACCCAUCCAAUGAGUUCGAGGAGUCCUACUACACCAACAGACCCACCACUUAUGCCCUGGCCUUGGCCUUUGUGUUCAUCUUCACAUGCUCUGUCUUCCUCCUCUAUGAUCGCAUGGUGGAACUCCGACAAAGGAAGGUUAUGAAGUCAGCCUUACAAUCGGGAAAGUUAGUUUCUUCCUUGUUUCCCGAAGAGGUUCGAAACCGUCUCUUCGAAGAAGAAGAGGCCAAGAAGAAUGCUGAUCAACGUGGCUGGAAAAAGCAACCGUCUGAUGAUGACCUUGCAGAUCUUCCUUCGGUUGCUGCAAAACAGUCCCAUGCCAUUGCCUCUCUCUAUCCUGAAACAACAAUCUUCUUUGCUGACCUUGCUGGGUUUACAAAAUGGUCUUCAUCUCGUACUCCCAUUGAGGUGUUCGACCUGUUGGAGACGGUGUACGGCGAAUUUGACAAAUUGGCCAAGCGAUACAAAGUCUUCAAAGUCGAGACAAUUGGUGAUUGCUAUGUGGCUGUCACUGGUCUUCCCAAGCCUCAAGAAGAUCAUGCGUUGCUGAUGUGCAAGUUUGCCCGCUCGUGCAUGGCUAAGUUCCAGCUUGUGACGGUAGAUCUCUCGGAUACGCUAGGCGAGGACACCAAAUUAUUGGAAAUGAGAGUUGGUCUCCAUAGUGGUCCUGUUACGGCCGGGGUACUCCGUGGAGACAAAGGUCGAUUCCAGUUGUUUGGCGAUAGUGUCAACACUGCCAGUCGAAUGGAGAGCAAUGGGGUGAAGGGAAAGAUCCAUUGCAGUGAAGCUACCGCUGAGGCUUUGCGCAAAGCACGAAAACAAAACUGGCUGGUUCCCAGAGAAGAUAAGAUUGUGGCAAAAGGCAAAGGUGAAAUGCAAACAUACUGGGUUGAAAUGUCUGGGCUAGCAGCAACAAGUACAUCCGGUUCUGUGCUGUCCGGGAUUCAUUCCAUCGAGACCCCAGAACAAAGCACAUCGGCACCAUCGUCUCAUGCUUCCAUGCCGCUUCGAAACAAUCCCAACCAUCAGCAGGAUCUAGAGGGAAGCAAAAGUGGCAUUGAAUGCUAG